ACGAGAGAUCGAGUUUAAGUUUGACAAGAUGUCCGAAAAUUGAAGAAUACUAAUGAAAAUUUUUGAUUAAUUAACUAAAGAUUGGAUAUUAUUUAUUAUUUUUGCUUUCUUGUUCUUAGUCUAAAGUUUUUGAAUUGAUUUAAAUCUGGAAUUGGAUAUAGUGGAUUUUCUAAAUUCAAACUGAAACUGUUUUUCUUUUCUCAAUGAAACCUGUUCUGUCAUGUCUUACACUGAAUUGGAACAUGGUUAUCAGGGUCUACGGAGUGCCAGUCGACCAAUUUUCUAUGUAGGGGAUUUAAAUACUGUGCAAUCAACCCUUGUGGGUCCUGUAGCUUCUUCUAUAUAUCGUUCAUCAAAAAGAGCCGAACUGUCGGACGGGUGCAGCAAUGAUGAUGGAUGCAUGGGUGGAAGCGAUUUGGAAGGAGAAGGAAAACAAGUUUUGGUUGGAAUCUGUGCGAUGGCAAAAAAAUCUCAGAGUAAACCAAUGAAAGAAAUUUUAACAAGAUUAGAAGAAUUUGAAUAUAUUAAAAUAGUAGUAUUUCCUGAAGAAGUUAUUUUAAAAGAGUCUGUAGAAGAUUGGCCAAUUGUUGAUUGUUUAAUAAGUUUCCAUAGUAAAGGUUUUCCUCUUGAUAAAGCUAUAAAUUAUGCUAAUCUUAGAAAUCCUUUUAUCAUUAAUAAUUUGCCAAUGCAAUAUGAUAUUCAAGAUCGUAGAAGAGUUUAUGCUAUUUUAGAAAGUGAAGGAAUUGAAAUUCCAAGAUAUGCUGUCCUUGAUAGAGACUCAUCUGAUCCAAAACAUCAUGAAUUGGUGGAAUCAGAAGAUCAUGUGGAAGUCAAUGGUGUUACAUUCAAUAAACCAUUUGUAGAAAAACCAGUAUCUGCAGAGGAUCAUAACAUUUAUAUUUAUUACCCUACAUCUGCAGGUGGUGGCAGUCAAAGAUUAUUUAGAAAGAUUGGAAGUCGUAGUAGUGUAUAUUCACCAGAAUCUAGAGUGCGUAAAACUGGUUCUUAUAUUUAUGAAGAUUUCAUGCCAACUGAUGGUACAGAUGUUAAAGUUUAUACUGUGGGUCCAGAUUAUGCUCAUGCAGAAGCAAGAAAAAGUCCUGCUUUAGAUGGUAAAGUCGAAAGAGAUUCAGAGGGAAAAGAAAUUCGAUAUCCAGUUAUAUUAAGUAAUGCUGAAAAAUUAAUUAGUAGAAAAGUGUGUUUAGCUUUCAAACAAACUGUUUGUGGUUUUGAUUUACUUAGAGCAAAUGGCCAGUCAUUUGUGUGUGACGUAAAUGGAUUUAGUUUUGUAAAAAAUUCUAAUAAAUAUUAUGAUGAUUGUGCAAAAAUUUUGGGAAAUAUGAUUUUAAGAGAAUUGGCACCAACUUUACACAUACCAUGGAGUGUUCCUUUUCAACUGGAUGAUCCACCUAUUGUACCUACUACAUUUGGAAAGAUGAUGGAAUUACGAUGCGUGGUUGCUGUUAUAAGACAUGGAGAUCGAACGCCGAAACAAAAAAUGAAAGUAGAAGUUCGUCAUCCGAAAUUUUUUGAUAUAUUUGCAAAAUAUGACGGUUAUAAACAUGGUCAUAUUAAAUUAAAAAGACCUAAACAAUUGCAAGAAAUAUUGGAUACUGCACGUAGUUUAUUAGCCGAAAUACAACAUCGUGCAGCUGGACCAGAAUUAGAAGAAAAACAAGGAAAAUUAGAGCAAUUGAAAAGUGUUUUAGAAAUGUAUGGUCAUUUCUCAGGAAUAAAUCGCAAAGUGCAAAUGAAAUAUCAGCCAAGAGGACGACCCAGAGGAAGUUCAUCAGAUGAUGAUCGACUUGGAGAACCAUCUCUUGUAUUGAUAUUGAAAUGGGGUGGAGAAUUAACACCAGCUGGCCGUAUUCAGGCGGAAGAAUUAGGAAGAAUAUUUCGUUGCAUGUAUCCUGGUGGUCAAGGUAGACACCUUAGUGGUGAUUAUGCUGGAGCACAAGGUUUAGGAUUGCUCAGACUUCAUUCAACAUUUCGACAUGACUUGAAAAUUUAUGCAAGUGAUGAAGGAAGAGUUCAAAUGACUGCUGCAGCUUUUGCAAAAGGUUUACUUGCAUUGGAAGGUGAAUUAACACCUAUAUUAGUACAAAUGGUAAAAAGUGCUAAUACUAAUGGCUUGUUGGAUAAUGAUUGUGACAGUAGUAAAUAUCAGAAUAUGGUAAAAACACGAUUACAUGAAUUAUUACAACAAGAUCGAGAAUUUACACAUGAAGAUAGAGAACAAAUAAAUCCUGGUAAUGCAUUGAGUAUCAAUGCAGCAAUGGAUUUUGUUAAAAAUCCUGUUCGUUGUUGUCAACAUGUUCAUACUUUGAUUCAGAAGCUAAUGGAUAUCGUGCGUAUUAAAAAAGACGAUCCUAAAACUAAAGAUGCAAUUCUUUAUCAUGGUGAAACGUGGGAAUUAAUGGGUCGUCGAUGGGGGAAAAUUGAAAAAGAUUUUUGUACUAAAAAUAAGCGAUUUGAUAUAUCAAAAAUUCCAGAUAUUUAUGAUUGUAUAAAAUAUGAUUUACAACAUAACAAUCAUACAUUACAAUUUGAACAUGCAGAAGAAUUAUAUAUUUAUUCUAAAUAUUUGGCAGAUAUUGUAAUACCACAGGAAUAUGGAUUAACAGUACAAGAGAAACUUACUAUAGGUCAAGGUAUUUGCACUCCACUUUUAAAAAAAAUAAGAGCAGAUUUGCAGAGAAAUAUCGAGGAAUCCGGAGAAGAAACAGUCAAUAGGCUUAAUCCAAGAUACUCCCAUGGUGUUUCUAGUCCUGGUCGACAUGUGCGCACGCGACUUUAUUUCACAAGUGAAAGCCACGUGCAUUCUCUGCUCACUGUUCUACGUUAUGGCGGUUUACUUGAUGUUAUGAAAGAUGAACAAUGGCGCCGAGCUAUGGAGUAUGUUAGCAUGGUUUCUGAAUUAAAUUAUAUGUCUCAAAUUGUGGUUAUGUUGUAUGAAGAUCCAACUAAAGAUCCCAGUAGUGAAGAACGUUUUCAUGUUGAAUUACAUUUCAGUCCUGGUGUAAAUUGUUGUGUGCAAAAAAAUUUACCACCAGGGCCAGGUUUCAGACCUCAUUCACGCAAUGAAAGUAGUCAUAAUGUAGGUGAAAGUGGUGGUUCUGCUCAAGAUACCAUUUCACAGUGUAGUACUCGAAUAGAAGAAGAAGAUGUAGAAUUGGGAAUUUUAGAAGAUGAUUUUAUGAAUCCACCAUUGCAAUCUGAAACACCUCCAUCAACAAUGGAGACAGAUACUGUAGAUGCAAUAAUAGAUAGUCCAACAACUAGUAAAGCAAUUGAUAUGAUGGAUUUACAUCCUAAUAUGAUGGAUGAACCAUUUGAUAGUGGCUUUUUACAGAGCUCUGCACCAAUUCCAAUAAGUGCUAGAACUGUAGCUGGUCAUGAAGCAGCAAGACUUGGUAGUCAAUUAGCUGCAAGUCAACGUCAACGACGUGAUACAGAAAGAGGGACAAUAGUUGAACCACGUGCUCGCAGUUAUGAUCAUCAAAGACAAGACAAAUCCGAAAAAGCUGCGGACAAGCUGCAGUAUCAGAGCUUGGACGCUGUAAACAAAGAAGAAAAGCAUGUAACAGAGCAAUGGCAUUUAGAAAGAUCUGGCCAGGUUUCGCUAAAUGUGCCAGUGCAAAAAUUGCUGAGUCUACCGCAUUCCUUCAGUUCACCGGAGUUUCCAGUUCCUUCGGUAGAAACAUCCAUUCUGAACUCAACACCUUUGGUGACUUUACAUACAUCUCCUCUGAUUUCACCGAACAGCCGGAUCUCCGACGUAACAAAUAUCAUGUUUCCGGUCCCUACGAUUCGUUCUUCAUAUCUUGAUGUUAAUAUUAAACAGCCCGAUGAUUUUAAUCCACGUUCCCAAAAUAAGAAAUAUGGACGUUCUCAUUCAGAAAUGAUUCUUCCUGGGAUUGAGCGUAGCGACACACGACCUUCGAUCAUUCAACCUGACCCUACCUGCACAGCAAGGCGCCACCGUCACAGUAUCUCCGGACAGAUGAGUUAUUUCAAGCUGUUGGGCUACAACGUCAACAAGAAGUUGACUGGAUCAGCGAACAGUUUAUUCAGCACAGCUGUUAUUAGUGGAUCUUCUAGUGCUCCAAAUCUUAAGGAUAUGGUACCUCCUCAUGCUUCUGCUGUUGCGGCAAUAGAAGGUUUUGGUGGUGUACCACCAAUAAGACCUUUGGAAACUCUUCAUAAUGCAUUGUCAUUGCGUCAGUUGGAUUCCUUUCUGGAAAUGAUGACUAGUGCUCCUUUGUUUCGAACACCUGCUUCUUCGCCUCCAAAAUAUUCUUCUCCUGGUGGAUCAACGCAUGAGUCAGUUAAUCAAAAUCUCAAUAUUGGAGGAAUCAAUCGCGAGUACCACUCUUCCGACUUGGAAGCUGUCAGGUACCGUAAGAAAUUAAGUAAACCAUCAUUGUAUAUUGCGCCAACUCCAAUACAAUAUAAAUCUUCUAAUGAUGGAGAAUCUUGUGAUAUAAGAAAUCAGUUAUCACCAACCAGUCCUAAUAGUACUGGAUGGAGUAGCGAACCACAAUCAUUUCUCUCUUCUGAACCUUCAUCUCCUGCACCAACUUCAACAGGAGAAUGCAGUAUGUCUAUAAGUCUAAUCAGUAAUGAUGGAGCACAAUCAUUUAAUACAGGUCAUAAAUAUCCUACAACUCCGUGUCUUGAUGUGGAUUUCAAUGAAUUUUGUAUAAAUAUAGAUCAAGAGCAUAGAGAAAGUCGUGGUAGCGUAUCAUAUACUGAUUAUUAUAGCAAUGAAGAUGGACAAAUACGAAACUGUGGUUUUGGAGCAGGUUUCACUAGUAAUUUAGAAAAAAUCAUGCGUACUGAUAAUCUUCCUAUUGAUAAUAUGGAUGAUGAUGAGGAUCAUACAAUUACUUUAAAACAAACUGAAGAACAAAAGAAACAAGAUGUCAAACAAAUAUUUGAACAAAAAGAAAAUUUAAAUACAAAAUCUAGUAGUGGUUACAAAAAAAUUGGAAGAUUUCUCGUUGAAAGCAUGGAAAUAUCAGACGAAGAUGUCAGAAUUAAAGAAAUAGAUAAUAUAGACAAGAUAAAAACAUCUGUGUUUCAAAAAACUGAAUCUUCUAAUGCAGAAAAAGUACAAAAGAACAGAGAUAGUAAUGAAGCUGUAUAUGAACAGAAAAAACCUCAUUCUUUUAAUAGUUGUAAAAGAAAAAAUUUUUCUCGAUCUCAAAGUGUUUCUAUGCCAAAAACUUCAACACAAAAAUCUGAGACAAAUUAUAGUUACAAGUGUACAUCAAAAUUAAGCUCUCUUUCAAACAUGUCAGAUAAGGACUUGGAAAAUUGGAAGCAAAGCAUGAUGGAAUCAAAAGAUCCUUUUUCAAUAGAAAUGAAAUCUGAGGAACCAAUUCUGACAUUGGCUAGCAGUAUAACAAGUAGCUCUAGUGUGACAAUAGGCUUUAAUGUUCAAGAUGAAAAAAAAGAAAAAUUUGAUCCCUGAAAAUAUCUCUUUUAAGAAAUUAUCAGAAUUUAUUUAUCAAAUCGGUUUCUAUAAUAAGAAAAAUAAGUUAUUAUAU